AGCGCUCCGUACAUCGGUAUAUCGCGUCCCUACAAUUGAAUGUAUGUAUGUAGCACGCAAAGCCGGGAGGUUAUACACAAAGACGACUAUAUAGAAUGCAACAAAUCACAUCGUUAAUUGCUGAGAAGUGAACACCAUAACAUCCACAAGUUAAUAAUGGAAGAACAAGGCCAACCACAGAGCCCAGGCUCUGUCACUGAAACAAAUGUGAUCACGGACUGUGAGAGGGAACUGCUGGAAACAAGUGAUGUCAAGAAAGAACCUGAUACUGACAUGCUGGAAACAGAUGAUCCUAGGAGUGACUACUUCACUGACACACAUAGAGUCACUGACUUUGAGGAAGGAUUGCUGGAACAAGAGGAUCUCAAGGAAGAACCUGACUCAGAUAUAAACCCAGAAUGUGAGAGUGAUUUACUGGAAACAGAUGAUCUCAAGAAAGACUCUGUUGCUGACACAAGAAUACAGAAUGUCUAUGACACGACAUUGAUGGAUAAAGGCGAUCUCCCGGAACACUGUGUUACUGACACAGAUUGUGGGAGUAUAAACAAUGAUUUCACAGAACACUCUGUUACUGAGACAGAUUGUGGGAAUAUAACCACUGAAUAUGAGAGAGCAUUGCUUGAGACAGAUGAUCUCGGGAAACACUCUUUCACUGAUACGGGAAUAAACACUGACUGUGACACAACCCUGAUAGGGAAAAGCGAUCUCAAGAAACAUUCUGUUACUGACACUGGUGUUAACACUGACUAUGACACAGCAUUUAUGGAAACAGAAGAUUCCGCUGUUGAUGACACAGAUUGUGGGAAUCGUUCAAAGCAGGCCCAUAAGUGUGACGAGUGCGGGAAAACGUUCAUUCAGUCAGGCGACUUGAAAAGACACAUGCUUUCCCACAGUGGCAUCAAGCCAUAUCAGUGUGGGGAGUGUGGGAAAACAUUUACACAGUCGGGUGGCCUGCAUGCUCAUUUGAGGAUUCACAGUGGAAUCAAACCUUACAGGUGUGUUGAAUGUGGGAAAGAAUUUACGCAAUCUUGUAACCUUCAGUCACACAUGAGGAGUCACAGUGGCAUCAAGCCGUAUCAGUGUAACCAGUGUGAGAAAACUUUCACACGCUCAAGUCACCUGCAGGCCCAUCUGAGGAUUCACAGUGGAAUAAAGCCAUAUAUGUGUCGGGAAUGUGGGAGAACAUUUACUCAAUUAGGUGACAUGAAAAGGCACAUGCUUUGCCACAGUGGACUGAAGCCUUUUCAGUGUGGAGAGUGUGGGAAAACAUUUACACGCUCGAUUUACCUGCAGACGCACAUGCUUGGUCACAGUGGACUGAUCUCUCAUCAGUGUGACGUGUGUGACAAAACAUUUACAACAUCGUCAAACCUGAAAAUACAUAUGAGAUCGCACAGCGGAGUCCAAUCCUAUCAGUGUGGUGAGUGCGAGAAGAAAUUUACACGCUCAAGCCACCUUCAGGCGCACUUGAGGAUUCACAGUGGACUUAAGCCUUAUAAGUGUCAUGAGUGCGGGAAAACGUUCACUCAGCUGGGCGACAUGACCAGGCACAUGAUAUGUCACAGUGGAGUGAAACCAUAUCAGUGUGAGGAGUGUGGGAAAUCGUUUACCUUGAGAGGUAAUCUGAAGACACACAUGAGGAACCACAGUGGCAUCAAGCCUUUUAAAUGUGCUGAGUGUGGCAGAGAGUUUGCACAGUCAGGUACCCUGCAGUCCCACAUGAGGAGUCAUAGUGGAAUCAAGCCCUUUUCAUGUGAUGUUUGUGGGAAAGCAUUCACAACCUCAAGAAACAUGCAGCGACAUGUGCGGGGCCAUAGUGAAGUCAAGACAGCUUUGUUAGGUGAAACAUCAUCUGUGAAGUGAGUUUGAGAAUGCAUUUGCAACAGCCAAUCAUUUGCAGAUAAGUGGUUUGUGAUUCCAGAGUGAAGUCUCAUUUGAUUAGAGUGUUUGAGAGUACAUUUGCAACAGCCAAUCAGAUGUGGAGACACCUGCUUAAUUAAAGUGGAUGGACGCCUGAUCUUUAGGGGUAGAACGGUAUGCCCAUACUACAGUACGUAUUGCAGUACAAGGCCUUCAUUUCGGUCCGUUUUGGUUUGGUAUAUUAGAACUUAUUUCGGGGAAAAUAGCUGCUGUCUAGCAAAGAAAUGCACAGAUUUUGAGAAAAGGUUUCAAAAGGUUAAUAAAAUGACGGAACGAAAACCAAAAAAAUGCUGAAUCUUUGGAUUGCAUUACGGUAUAUUGAAUCGAAGGCAAAAUACUGCAGUUCUACUAAUACCGCGGUAUACCGUUUCACGCCUACUGUUCAUGGGGGAGUUUUGUGCAUCAGCCAAUCAACUGUGGAGGUGUGUGUUCCUUACAGUAUAGUGAAGUGUUGUGAUUGUGAGGAAAUAUUUCAAACAACCAGUCAAUUGCAAGAUGAUUGAAGUUUCAUUAGUAUAAUGAGCGUGAGAAAGUAUUUGCAACAGCAAGUCAAUUGCAGACACAUGGCUUUUCAAAGAGGUGCAAAGCUUUGUCCAAGAAGACUUUAGCUUUGUCACACUGGAGUAUAGAAACAUUGCAAAUGUCAGCCAUUUGCAUGGUGCAUCAAAAUGCAGAAAAUUUGUUCAUCCCAUGAAAUGAAACUCUAUUGUGAUUUUCCAGAAAACCCAAUACCAAUUGUAUUUAUGUCUGUGUAUUGCUUGCUUUGGCAUGUCAUUUGUUCUAGAAACAGCGUAAGGGCACAGAAGUACGGAGUCUGUAAUUGGACAGCUAGAACCUGUGACGUACAUGUAGUGAUCAUACAGAACCCAGUCUGGGGAGCGUUGUGUGUCUGUUUAGUUAAUGGUUUAUUUAUUCAUAAAAAUAAAUAAGCUUUUCUCAUC